AUGCCUACCCUGGCCCGAGUGACAGACAUUGACACUAGGCGGUUUGACUCCCUUGCGGGUCUAUUCGGGAUCAGCGCCGAAGACUUGAGGAAGGAUGGCGACGGGCUCCACCCCCGCGCACAGAACACGAGCUCGGAAUACGCCCACCGCACCCUUCUGGCCGCCAUCACCGUUGAUCUCGCGCGGGCGUUGCUACCAGAGCUGGACAAGGGCCUCUCCGUCAAGGUCAUCGUCCCAUACAGGCUGGAGAAGGGAAUUCUCAAGGACGGCGGGUCGCUCACCCCCCAAGCCCUGCAAAUCGCGAUGAAGGGCGACAAGUGCUCCGACGCUCCCGACCCCGACCCCCUCCAGACAUCCACGUGUGCCGACACGGUGCCCAGACCCCGUGGCCCGGACUACAUCUCCGACAGGGUCGACCAGGAGGUGGUCGGGGGACGGGGCGAGCACGCCAAGAACUUCAACGCGCAAUUCGACAUCCCCCUGGAGGUCGACCAGCGCCGGGGAGACCUCGGUCUCGGCAAGGCGGCUGCAAGGCCGAUGCGGCACGAGGGUGAGCUUGGCAGCCGUUGUGGCCCGAGCCCCUGGCCCAGCGGGGCUGCGGCGGGGCUCGCUGCCGCGCAGCCGCUGGCGCCGAUGCACCGGCUCGCUCUGUGCGCGGCCGCCGGAGGGCAGGCUUACGACCCGGGCCUUGCAGGGUUGCUUUCGGAGCAGGACCUCUUCGAUUGUGCCGAGGAUCGGGGCGAACAAGUGGAGGAGCUCGUGGUCUGUGCAGCGCCAGGAGAGUGGUGCUGCUCCCACAGGCGCGUGGGCUGCGCUGCGGAGAGCGGAGGCGGCCCUGCGGACCCUGCCGCCGCGGCCAGCAGGGUCCUGGCGGACGGCUCCUCCUUCGACUGCCGCGAAGACAUCGGCACCUGGGAGAGCUCCUGGGGCCCGGAGCGAAAGCGAUGGUGCUGCUCGAACAUGCACGUUGCCUGCCCGUGGCAGGGCACCGAGGGCGGCGGCCAGGGGCAGGACCAGGGCCACGGAGGGGCGACCCCGGCCACGCGUGACGGCCCCCGCGAGGAGGGUGUGGCCAGGGAGAGCGAGAGAGAGAGGGAGAGGGCCGAGUCUCCUGGGGCCAGGGUCACCACGCUCAAGCCACGAUCGACGGCUACGAGCUCCGCUGCGGCACCCGACCACCGAACGGUAGACUUCGAGAAGGCCGAGUCUCCUGGGGCCAGGGUCACCACGCCCAAGCCGCAAUCGACGCCUACGAGCUCCGCUGCGGCACCCGACCACCGAACGGCAGACUUCGAUUGCAGAGACAACCUUGCGUCCUGGAAACACAAGUGGUCUUUAGAGCAGAAGGCGUGGUGCUGCAGCCAUCACCGGCUCGGCUGUGAGUAUAGUUUCGAUUGCCGAUCAGGUUUCCACAGUUGCAAGACGGGUUGGUCGGACGUGAAGAAGCAGUGGUGCCGCCUUCAGGGCGUCGUGUGCGGAUCGGAUGCUUACGAUUGGGUCUUUGAUUGCCAAGAGGGCUUCUCGAACAUGGGCAAUGGCUGGUCGGACUGGAAAAAGAGGUGGUGCUGCAAACACAGAUCUGUCGGGUGCGAGGCGACUACCACCACCGUCGUCUCAGGGCUCCACGACUGUACGCAGGACCUGAAGGACUUCCAGGUAAAGUGGCAUUGGCGCAAGCAGAAGUGGUGCUGCGAACACCUGGAACUUGGCUGCAUCGGAGAGAACUCGCCGUUCUCCAUCGCCUUGGCGGCCAGGAACAAGUCGCACUGGGACUGCGAGGAAUCCAAGGUGGCCAGAGCAAAUUGGACUCUGGAGCAGAGGGAGUGGUGCGCCGAGCACCCGUCGGCCCCGCGACAGGAGGACGAGGACCGCCACGAGCAUUUCGACUGUCCCCGAGACGCCCCGCCCGAGAAGGUGGACGGCUGGUCCAUAGACCACAAGGCGCGAUGGCGGACUUCUGCUGCAGGACCACGAGGGCCGUCGGCUGCGCGGAGCCUCCUGGCGACGGCGCCGCGCUGGCGCAGCAGUUCGAGGGCGCCCCCCUCGCGGCGGGCGCCGAAGGGCUGCGGCGCGGGCGCGCCUGGGCCGCCGUGCCCGCGUCGCUGGCGGGAGCGGCGGCGGGCCUCGCCGUGCUUGCGCUCGCCGUGUCAGCGUCGCGUGGCCCCGCGGCGGGUCGCUGCGGCGGCUGGCGCUCUGGCGGCGCGCGCGCCGUGAGCGACACGGGCGGUCUUCUGGUGGGCUGCGAGUGACUCCAGGCCUCGAAAGUGGGCGACGACGAAAACGUGGUCGAGUGCGCGGACACUCGCGCGUAAGCUUCCCGCGUACGGUCGCGCGGUAGCGCUCUCUUCUCCACGCAGUGUGCCACGCUGAUUGCUGGCGUAAUUUAGCCGAUGCGUGAGGUCGCUAUGUCUGAUCGGGUUAGACCCUUCGUUUUCGCCGCCCAAAUGCUGUCCGAGCAGAUGGGGCCGGAGGAUCGCGCCGCAUCGCCGACACAUCGGCGGUGCGGCUCAGUGUGGGGCCAGACCUUCUCCACGCCGACGGCGCCGGCAGCUCCCCGCAUGCGGGCUGCGAGUGGCGCCACUUCGGAGGGCGGCCUUUCCCUCUUGGGUCCGGAGAUCAGGUGUAACGUUAGGGGGCACUAGGCAACGGGGGGAUGCAUCAACCCUCAUCGCUCAUUGAUCGCCG